AUGACAAUUGGAAUCGCAAUCAUCGGCAGCGGCAUCUUCGCCAAAGAAGAACAUCUCCCAGCCAUCCAAGAUGCCCCCAUCUUGAGUCUAAAAGCAGUCUACUCGCGCUCCCUCAAAUCCGCCCAAUCCCUCUCCGAAAAGCUUUCAGGCGUAGAUUUAUACAGCGACGACCAAGACGGCAAAAGGUUCGACGAUUUGCUAAAACGAGACGACAUCAAAGGCGUAGUGAUCGCCCUCCCCAUCCUCGCCCAACCAGACUACAUAAAGAAAGCCCUGGCAGCCGGGAAAUACGUCUUCGCCGAGAAACCCAUAGCCAAGGACCUCACAGCCGCUUCCUCCCUCCUCUCCUGGACUUCCAACCCCGCAAACACAUCCGUCACCUACACCGUCGCCGAGAACUUCCGCUUCAUCGACUCGUACAUCUGGGCCUCGCAGCAGCUCGCCUCUCUCGGCCGAGUGCUUAGUUUCCGUGUUCGCGUCAUGUUUUUCGUCCCCGUGGGCAGCAAGUACUACGAGACAGCGUGGCGCAAGAAGCCCGAACACCAAGGCGGCUUCGUACUAGACGGCGGCGUGCAUUUCGUGGCUGCUACACGCUUGCUGCUACAAGGUGCCGGGCAGAAAGUCAAAAGAGUGAGUGCGUUUACGGCGCAGUUGCAGGAGCAUCUUCCGCCUGUGGACACGCUGAAUGCGGUUUUACAACUCGAGAAUGGGAGUUCGGGCACUCUGUCUAUUUCUGUGGGAACUACGGACCAAGGGUCUGAGUAUGUGGUUGCGUGUGAGAAGGGCGUGGUGACGGUUUCGCGUGGUAAAGUUGUGGUUAAGAGGCAAGGGGAGGAGGGUGAGACCAAGGAAUUUCCAGAUGAGGGGAAUGGUGUCAAGCAGGAGAUAAAGGCUUGGGCGAAGAGCUUGGAGGAGGGGAAGCGGAAUGAGAUGCAGAGUCCUGAGGAGGCGUUGAAGGAUCUGGAGAUUUUGGAGAGUUGCUUGAAGAGUGGAGAGCAGGGUGGAACACCGAUUGAUGUUGAGCAGUAG